UGGGGUAGUGACCGGAAGCCGAAUCUCGGAGCCAAACGGUUGGAUGACCCGCCGCUUCCUUCACGCUCCUCCUUCCCCCAUAACCUGAAAUGUUUCGCUGACGACCUCAAAUUUGAUAUUUUCCGCUUCGAAUUGAUAUCACAACCGUAAUCACCACAACAAACAACAAUGGCACCCAUCUACAAAAUCGCUACGAUCCAACUUGUCCCAAAGGAUAUCGCCGUCAAAGACAACUUCACCCGAGCCGAGUCCUUCAUCCGACAGGCCGCUGCUCAGGGGACACAUCUCGCCGUGCUGCCCGAGUAUCACCUGACCUCAUGGUGCCCCGACCACCCGGACUUCAUCGCCGCCUGCGCCGAGUCCGCGACCUACCUCCCCCGCUACCAGGCCCUAGCCCGCCACCUCAACAUCAACAUCGUCCCCGGCACCAUCUGCGAGGUCCACCCCUCCCCCGCCAACAGCAACAACAACAACAACGGUGACACCACCGCCCAAGAAAUCCGCAACAUGGCCUACUGGAUCGAAGCCAGCACCGGCCGCCUCCUGGCCUCCUACCAAAAAGUCAACCUCUGGCACUCCGAGCGGCCCCACCUCACCGCGGGCAUCGCGCAAUCCGCGCACCGCGCCUUCGACACCCCCCUAACCUGGGAAGGCCCCACCACCACUGCUACCGACUCAGCGCAACAGAAGGAGAACCACCGCGGCCGCGGGCGACCCAUACGCGCGGGCAUGCUGAUCUGCUGGGACCUGACCUUCCCCGAAGCCUUCCGGGCGCUGGUGCGGGACGGGGCCGAGCUGAUCGUGAUCCCGUCGUACUGGGUGUGCGACCGGAGCGACCUGGAGGAGGCGCGCAGGCGGAUGAAUGCCGACUGCGAGGGCCUGUUCAUCGAUAACGCGCUCGUGGCGCGGGCGUUUGAGAACGAGUGCGUCGUCGUGUUUUGUAACGCGCCCGGGUUGAGUGGGGUGGUGGCGCCGGUGUUUGGUAGGGUGGGCGGGGAGGGGUUGGGGGCGAAUGAGGAGGUGAUGAGGGUGGUGGAGGUGGAUUUUGAGUCGGUGGAGGUGAUUGAGGAGGUGUAUAAGGUGAGGAAGGACUUGGCGAGGGAGGGGUGGCACUAUGGGUAUUCGAUUUGUGGGGAGGAGGAAGGGGAAGAGCGGGUGGUGAAGAGUGGCUCUUCCCGUGGAAGGGGGUGGGAGAAGUUGUGAAGGGAGUUCCCUUUUUGGCGGUAUUGUUGGUGGUCACUUACACCUUUUCCCUGCCUUGCCUUCCGCAUGCCAGUUGGUUGUGAAAGGUGUUGUAAGGACUCGGGAAGGAAACCGAGAUUAAAGCACAAGGACCACCUACCCGACAUAACUGUGUCAUUGAGCAAUGCACCCACCUGAGGUAGCCAACACAAACUGGUUCGCGGUCACUGCAUUACCUUUCAAGUUUACUCAGCUUAAAGUAGAUCCAGAACCCCAUUUUUUCAUGGUUCUCUUCGACCAUCAAUCCUUACGCAAAUAAACAACCAUGGGAGACUCUCCAAUGGCCGUCCUCAUGGCCGACUCCUGGGGGCCUCCUACGGCAUCACCAAUUUACGAG